AUACGAGGAAUCAGUAGUUAGAUAAAAUGGUGAGAAGCCCUUGUUGUGACAAAAAUGGAAUGAGAAAAGGGGCAUGGACUCCUGAAGAAGACAACAAGUUAAUUGCAUAUGUAACUAGAUAUGGCUGUUGGAAUUGGCGACAACUACCUAAAUUUGCAGGUCUUGAAAGAUGUGGGAAGAGUUGUAGACUUAGGUGGUUGAACUAUCUAAGACCAAAUAUCAAAAGAGGAAACUUUACUCAACAAGAGGAAGAUACUAUCAUAACACUUCAUCAAAAACUUGGUAAUAGAUGGAUUAUGAUAGCUGCAAAUUUACCAGGAAGAACAGAUAACGAGAUAAAGAAUCAUUGGAACACAAACUUGAAAAAACGUUUUCUAAAGAAUAAUAAAUCAGACAAAGACACUAAUAAUGGAAUAGGAAACUCCAAAGAAAUAAAUUCAGAUAACCCUACCAUGGGAGAAGAAAACAAACAUGAAGGACUGUUAGAGAGCAAUAGUGGUCCCAAUAUUUCAAGUCGAUUUUCUUCAACUCCAUCUUCAAGUGGAACAAUGGAUACUCCUCCAACAACUACGGAAAUAUCAUAUGAAAAAUAUCUUCUUGAUGAGCUUCGUUUAAUGGAUCCAUACAUGGAUGUUUUGAAUGAUAAUUUCUGGACAGAACCAUAUAUCAUAGACAAUUCAUACGUCCCUCCAAGUCAAGAAGCUACGUUACUAGCUGUGGGAUAUGAACAUGGAAACUUGAGUGGGAUGUACUAUGAACAACUUUGGAACAUGGAAAAUAAAUUGUUGCACUGAUGUGUCGGUUUACCUUUUUUUUUGAAAUGCGGGUAGAUAAUAAUAAUAGUAGUAACAACAUGUGAUUACUACUUUGUGAUGUUUUUCAUAUGUGACGUAAUGUUGUACACUACUAUACUUUAAAGUUUGAACAAAUAUUUGAAAUAAACUAGCACAUCUUUAUGUCUCA